AUGAGCCUAUGCUGUCAAGUGUCCCUGAUCCUCUUCUCCCUGCUGGCUGGAACCAUCUUGGAAAGCCAAGCUAUCCCCGUGACCAGGGAAGCACACUGCCUGUGUUCUAGGUUGUUUUCAUACAUAAUUCCUGCAAAAUACAUUGCCCAAAUAAAUAUCUAUGCUGCAGGACCUUAUUGCACCAAGUCUGAAGUUGUAGCUACCACCACAGAUGGGACAGAUGCCUGUCUGGAUGCCAAGGAGCCUUGGGUCAAGGCGGUUAUCAAACAGAUUCUGGAAAGGGUAUGUAAAGCAGAUGUUGAGGGGAGCUGA